AUAUAUUAAAAUUCGUGCCUUACCAAAUGUUCAUAAUUUUUAGAGACGAAUGGAUUAUAUUUUAUAAUUAUGCUGCAAUUAUACAAUAUAGUAGUACAUUCCAAAGUUAUAAUAGAGGUGCAUAAAAAAAGUUGAAUCAUUAAGUACUCCUAUUAACUUAUAAUAAUUUCCUUAAAAAAGACUUAUAAUAAUUAAUUUGAGGGGAAAAUCCUUUUAGGGCUUAGAAGUCCUAAAAGAAAAAAAAAAGUUAAAUUAACCAAUUAUUUGUAAUUAAAAAAACUAAGAAAAUCUGUAAUUGUACCGUGUUUGGUUUUGCUCUGUCCCUAAACUUGGAGUUGGAAUUUACGAACAGAAAUUGAACUCAGAAAAUCAGACUUCGGCCGCCGAAUAAACAGCCGAAAUUGGGACAAACGAUCAACAAUACAGCCUCAUCGUCGAGCUCUGCUCUGCCAAAUCAGUUUAAACGGAAAAUGGUUGCAAAAUUUACUCGUGUGGACACUAUAGAGCUGAAAGAUGUUAUCUAUCAAAGGAUUGGACACCAAAGAGCAGAUAGGUACUUUGAUCAGCUCAAGAGAUUUCUAAGUUUGAAGCUUAGCAAAGUUGAGUUUAACAGGAGCUGUGUGCAGACGAUUGGGAGGGAGAACGUUUAUCUUCACAAUAGGCUUAUCCGAUCCAUUGCCCAGAAUGCGUGUCAAGCUAGGAUCCCACCUCAAAAAGCUCGAAAACAAAUUGAAGGACUAAGUGUUAAGGUUGCAAAUGGUUACCAGAGGAACUCUCUGCAAUCUUUGUAUGGUGAUGCUUUCCCCCAGUCGCCUCGCAAAUGUAGGUCUCCUGUCAGCAGAGAUCGCAAGCUGAGGGAUCGCCCGAGCCCUCUGGGCCCACUGGGAAGGAGCCCUAGUCUCACUUGUGAAGAAACAGUCACGAGGACUCAAGAACAGCAGAGUGGAACAGUAACAGAGUUGCAUUCCCUCUGCAGCAGACCUCCAGUUGAUGUCGUCUCAGUGGAAGACGGGGAGGAGGUCGAGCAGUGUGCUGGAAGCCUCGAAGGUGGGAGGUGGUGGAGUCCUGUCACUGCUCCUUUUGGCGUCUCAGUUGGCGCUCGUGAGGCUGUUGGUUGUAGCUAUAAGGACGGUGCUUGUGCUGAGGCCUGUGAAAAUCGAGGGGAGUUGCCUGGUACGGUGUCUUUAAGAAGGUGUUUGCAGAAGAAGCUGGCAUCGGAGGGAGUAGGGAUCUCGCUGGAAUGUGCAGACGUGAUAAACAACAGCUUGAACGGGUUCUUGAAGCGAAUAAUUGAGCCAUGUUUGUCGAUUGCUUCAUCCAAGUGUACAGAUCUUGGGAGACAAUCAAAUAAGGCAGUGAUGCCUGAUAGAGCUAGACGUGUGAGUAUGCUGGAUUUCCGGGUUGCGAUGGAAUCAAACCCUCGUUUGCUCGGGGUAGAUUGGCCCGUACAGCUCGAGAAGAUCUGCCACUACGCCUCCGGGGAGUAAAAAAACUCCAGUUUUGAAAAUGGUAGUUGCAUAGAAGAGGGAGGUUUGGUGGCUUCACAUACAGAUAGGUUCUAACAGCAUUAAUUGCUAGGAAUGGGGUGUAUUAUUUUAGACUUAGAUACCGUUUUUAACAUUUCUUUCUCAUUAUAGAGUUGUAUAAUUUUUGUGUACAUAUAUUCUUGUAAUGAAAGAAACAUCCAUUUGUGGUUA